UCGCGGGCUACGGUCAACCCUUCGGCCAAGCGCAACUCCAGGCAGAGGCCCCUGACCCCGGCCCCGAGCCAUCUCGGGCUUGCGGGCGCCUCCCCCGGUGCGGGAUGAGCAGACCUGCGGCCGCCGCGGGGCCCCAUGGAGAAGCUGCCGCCGGUGCGCCCAACAGUGAGCACAACCCUGUCGGGCAGCCCACACCCCGGCGCCCCAUCCGCGGCCGGCACGCCUGGCCGGACUUCCUCUGCGGCGACGGCGACGGCCGUGCUCUCCUUCAGCACCGCGUCGGCCGCGGCGCUGGGGAACCAGAGCGGCGGGAGCGGGAGCGACAACACUGGCGCCUCGGCUGGCGGCGGCCUUGGCGGGCACGGCGCGGCGGAGAGGCCACCGCUGGGCCCCGCGGCGGCGCCGCUGCUAUCUCAGGGGGCGGCGGGGACGGCCCAGGCGCUCGUCCUCCUGCUCAUCUUCCUGCUGUCUAGCCUGGGCAACUGCGCGGUGAUAAGGGUGAUCGUGAAGCACCGGUAGCUCCGCACUCUCACCAACGCGUUCACCCUCCUGUCUCUGUCGGAUCUGCUCACGGCGCUUCUCUGCCUGCCAGCCGCCUUCCUGGACCUCUUCACGCCGCCCGAGGGCCCGGCACCCGCCGCCGCCGCGGGGCCCUGGCACCGCCAGCCAUUUCUUAGCUCGUGCUUCGGCAUCGUGUCCACACUCAGCGUAGCCCUCAUCUCGCUGGACCGCUACUGCGCCAUCGUGCGGCCGACGCGGGAGAAGAUCGGGCGCCGCCGCGCGCUGCAGCUGCUGGCCGGCGCCUGGCUGGCGGCGCUGUGCUUCUCCUUGCCCUGGAAGCUGCUCCGUGCUACCUGGGAGUCCCCGGCGGCGCAGAGCUUCCACGGCUGUCUGUACCGGACGUCCCUGGACCCCGCGCAACUGGGCGCGGCCUACAGUGUUGGGUUGGUGGUGGCUUGCCACCUGCUGCCCUUCCUGCUCAUGUGCUUCUACCACUACCAUGUCUGCAGGACCGUGCGCCUGUCGGACUUGCGCGUGCGGCCCCUGACCACCUACGCGCGCGUGCUGCGCUUCUUCAGCGACGUGCGCGCGGCCACCACAGUGCUCAUCAUGAUUGUCUUCGUCAUCUGCUGCUGGGGGCCCUACUGCUUCCUGGUGCUGCUGACCGCGGCCCGGCAGGCCCAAGCCACGCAGGCUCCCUCGCUCCUCAACGUGGUGGCCGUAUGGCUGACCUGGGCCAAUGGGGCCAUCAACCCUGUCAUCUAUGCCAUUCGCAACCCAAACAUUUCGAUGCUCCCAGGGCGCAACCGGCCUGCGACAGCAGCAGCUAAACAGCCUAAAUCCGAAGCGGGGGAUACCAGCCUCCAAGAAGGGUUGGGAUGCAGAGCUUGUGAAGACAAAUUUUCACCCGCUUCGAUGAACAAUACAGGAUUCCGGGGAGAAUCGUGUGCUUAAUAAAGCCAAACAUUUACAAAAAGGACAGAGAGGAGGCUUACCACUUCCCCCAAACAACAUACAAAACAGUGUCCUUUCCUUCAGAAGCGCUGAAAGGAAUGUAAAGUGCAAAACUUAAAACGAUGUUUAACCACACAACCAAGCAUGGUGAACUGUAAGUGCCAAAAAUGACAAAAAUAAAAUUCCCAAUUACUGAAAAACUCAUAUUACAGGAAUCACAGUGGGAAACAAACAAAAAAAUUCAUUGAAUCCAACUGGUUCAUAUACAUAGACUUUCAGGAAAGAAUGAAGACCUUAAGAAUUGCUCGAAGGCCCCUCUAAAUCACCAGCAUUCAGCAGAACUUCAGAUUUCUAGAACUUGCACCUCUGACACAUGCCUUGGGUGCUUAGGUUAGGAGUCAAAAAUUUUUAUCCUUACACACUUUGGUGCAUUUCCUCCCCACCCCCACCCCCAUAAUCUUUGUGAGAAAUUUUAAAUUCAUCCCGUUUAAAACCAUUUUAGGAUUUUGAAAAAAUGGUUUAUUACUAAAAGUGGUUUAUUACUACAAAAUCCAACCAUUUGAGGGGCAAAGAGAAGUAUGAACAUAAAGAAAUGUGGCUAUUUUUUAAAGUAUUUCAAGAUUAUACUUAGAAAUGAAUGUCCCCCAUCUAACCCCCAAAAUUAUCUGCCUUGGAAACUUUGAGACGUAAACCUUACUCUAACCUGCUACUUUUGUUUCUAAUGAUUUAGGGGUGCCGCUCUCAGAAAGCUUUCACAUUCUUAAAAAAUAAUUUUCAUAGUAGAAAAUCUUGGCAUUUGAGGUAAAUUUGAUUUUUGGAUGCAGCCAAAAAUGUAAUUUGAAGUCAAGUUGAUUGAAUUUUGUGAGUAAUGCAUAUAUACAUGUAUGAGAGCUCUAUAAAAGUAAUAAGCUUGGCUAUCCUAGGUAGCUUUCAUCUAACUGAAGGUGAUUCCAAAGAGGAAUUCAAAAAAUAUUUUGAGAAGUGGAUGCAUUCUUGGAAUAAGCAUAAAGUUCUCCAGGAAAAUCAUGUUCUUCUACAUUUGGAAGUUUGGGUACAUAUGUUUUAAAAAAAUAGUUGCUUAAUAGACAUGACAUAUAAAAUAAUGUGAUCUUUAUUUGAAAGGAGAAUGGCUGUGGGAUUAUUAUAUAUAAUAGAGUACUCAUAACUUAGGAGUAAAGUCAGAGAGGUAGUUUAAUCAAGCCAGAAAUACCUUCAGAAAGGUGCAAAACAAAGAUGCUGUUUUAAAAUAUUUGAAAGCACAAUUCGGGAUUUGUGUAGGUAAAAUUUCUCACAUUAAAUGCCACUGUACGUAGAGUCAUUUACUCAGAAUUUUACAAGAUGUUUUUGUGUUUUCUUCCUCUUUCCUUUCUUCCAUCUUGCCCCUCUUUUCUUCAGUAUUUCACAGCCUUAAUUGAAUAAGUACUUUAAACUAGAUAUGAAACCUCUGCUCUCAUAUAAAGAUUUUAAUGUGAAAUGGCCACCUUUUUUUCUUGUAUUUAAAGAUCUUCAUUAGUAUUUAAUUUUUUUGUGUGACAGA